UUGUUUGAGUGAGUGGAUCGAGUUAAAGGGAUUUCCGAGCUUUGAUACUUAUACUAUGCUACUUAAACUGUAAAUUAUGCCUAAAAACGCCAGGAACAAGGCCGCUAAAGCCGGCUCCAUUUACAGAAUAGCUUUACAAAACUUCGUGACGUAUAAAGAAGUCGAAUUGUUCCCGGGCCCGUCUCUAAAUUUGAUAAUUGGUCCAAAUGGAACUGGAAAAUCGACGUUUGUUUGUGCCAUUAUUCUGGGACUUUGCGGGAAAACCAGCGUCAUUGGAAGGGCAAAGAAGAUUUCAGAAUAUGUCCGUAGUGGAUGCGAGGAGGCCACCAUAGAGAUAGAGCUGUACCGUGAGGCCAAUGAACCGAAUGUCAUAAUCACUCGCAUCUUCAACCUCCAAGAUGCAAGCAUAUGGAAGAUCAACAACAAGUCUGUUAGGGAAAAGCAGGUUCAAGAGCUCAUUUCUACUAUGAAUAUUCAGGUGGACAACCUCUGCCAACUGCUCCCACAAGACCGGGUGCAAGACUUCUCUAAGAUGAACGCCCAGGAGCUCCUGCGGAGUACACUAGCGGCGGUGGGCGGGCACACGAGCGUUGAACAGCUGGACGCACUGAUCAAGACCAGGGCUGAGCAGCGGGGGCUGUCGACGAGACUGCUGAACAACGCGCAGCUGCUCGAGGAAAAAAUACGACAGAACGAGAGAUUGAAAAUAAUAAUCGACGCCAUGCAACAACGUAAAGAGAUAGAGCAGGAAAUAUUGAUGUGCGAACGGAAAAAGUACUGGAUAGAGUACCAAGAAUUGCGUGAGAAGGUGAAUGAGUACAAAGGCGACAGAGAAAAGGCCCUUAAGCUGGUGGAAAUCCAUUCAAAGAAGUUGGAGCCUUUGGAAAAGGCUUUCAAUAAAGUUAAAAGUGGAAUUGGCAAACUGGAACAACAGAAGUUGAAUGCAGCCCGAGAGGUCCGUGUUCUAAAAGACAAGUUGAAGGAAACAAUAGAGUCAGUGAAAGCGCAAGAGUUCACUUUGAGAGAUAAACACUCUACUCUGAUGGAGAAAGUGGAGCGUCACAAAAAUAAAGAGAGAGAGCUGGCCGAGGCCAGAGCUUUACUGGAUAAGUUGAUUACGGACAAGAGGAAGUUCGACGAGGAAGUUAACGAGGAUGCCGUCAAAAUGGAGUUAGCGCAACUACACAAGAAGAUUGCGAAGGAGAACGCGAGCAUAGAUGGGAUCAAGAAACAGAAUAUGGAAAUACAGUUUCAGCUCGAAAGUAACGUCACGCCCGUGAUACGACUACAUCAGAACAAAAUCCGCAGCCUAGAGAACGUGGACGAAAAACGCCUCGAAGUGCUGAAACAAGCCAGCGAGCACACAUACAAAGCGGUGCAGUGGCUGCGCGAAAACCGGGCCAUGUUCCAGAAGAAAGUUUAUGAACCUAUGAUACUUGAGAUAAACUUCACGGACCCGAAAUUCGCUCGAUACCUCGAAGCCAAGGUGGCAUCCCGCGACCUGUUCGCGUUCACGUUCGAAUGCAGCCAGGACAUGAACCAGUUCACGAACAUCGUGAGGAUGGAGCAUGGCCUGCGGACCGUGAACGCCGUCAGCAGCGAGGGGUAUCCUGCGCUCUCACACUAUAGGGCGCAGCAGAAGGACAUAGGACAGCUGAGCUAUCUCGGUUUCCACACGUACCUUUUGGAUACGAUAACGGCGCCCGAUCCCAUCUUGCGGUACCUGUGUGGCAAUUACAAUAUACAAAACAUACCCAUAGGAAACGACCACACCUUCAAUAAUUGCUCCAAAGUGCCUUCCAGCAUUAAAUCUUUCUUUACUGAAAAUCAUCGCAUCAACAUCAGCGUGUCGCGCUACAGCGGGGCGAAGUCGAGUUCCACGGUGGAGAUAGGGCCCGCGAGACUUCUAGCCAACACUGUCGAUAAGGACGAGCUUGACAACCACAAAACUCAGCUUUCAGAACUUGAGAAUAAAGCUAAAAACAUGAAAGCUAAAAUGCAAGAUCUUCAAAAUAAAGUAGCAAAUUUAGAAGUCAAGCUGAACAACCUGAACAUGGAGAGAAAAAAGAUCACCGAAAACACUGAGAAGCUUAGAGCGCUCGGCAUACAGAUACGUCUUCAAGAGAGAAAGGUCCAAGAUAUUGAAAACGAAAAAACUUUCAAUCUACAGGAAGAAAAAGAGAAAUGUAGACGGGAACAGAGGAACGUCGUGAAGAAGCAGUGCAAGUUGCACCAGGAACUAGUAGGCAUUAUGAAAAAGCUGCAGGAUAAAUUGCUCAAUGGAGAAAUGUGGAAGGUAAAAUUAGACAUCAGUAGAAAGGCGACAGAAAGACAGGAAUCACAAUUAAGGGAACUUGAAAUAGCAUUGCGAGAGGCAAAGCAUACAUUAGAAGACAUGGAAGCACGCUACAAGAAUACGAAUACGAAAGCUCACGCUAAACUGAAAGAGGCAAAGAAAGCGUGCGGCAGCGAGCUCUUGCCGCAGCAUCCAAGCUUCCCCUUCAAGGAGCAGUUCAGUGAGUUACCGGCUGAGCUGGAUAGACUGCAGGAGCACUGCUACGAGCUACAAACAAGGAUGGAUUGUAUGGACAAGGGAGAUGAACAGGUGAUCAAAGAAUAUGAGAUAAGGGAAAAAGAAAUAGCGAAAUUAAAGACCGACGUCAGCAGCAACAGUGACGUCCACAAGGAGCUUGAAAGCAAAAUGAAUGCUAUCAGAGCGAAAUGGCUGCCUCCAUUGGAAAACUUACUGCAGGAUAUAGACAAAAGCUUCGGAGAAAUGUUCGCCAAGCUGGGUUGCGCCGGGGAAAUCAAACUCGACAAAGCUGGAAGUGAUGAGGACUACGACAAGUACGGCAUUUCUAUCCUGGUCCGUUUCCGGACGUCUGAACAACUGCAGCAGUUGACAAGGCACGCGCAGUCGGGCGGCGAGCGCGCGCUGUCCACCGCCAUGUACCUCAUGUCGCUGCAGCGGCUCACCACCGUGCCGUUCCGAUGCGUGGAUGAAAUAAACCAGGGAAUGGACCCGAUAAACGAGCGCAAGAUGUUCCACCUGCUCGUCAAAGUAACAACAGAGUGCGACAACGCCCAGUAUUUCCUGUUGACGCCUAAACUUCUGACUAAUUUGGAAUACAAUCCAAAGAUAAUGGUCCACACUAUAAUGAAUGGCAAGCAAAUUAUGAACUACAAGCAGUGGAAUUACCAGGAGUUCUUAAAUAACGCCAAAUCCUACAGACCGACGAAUAGCUAGUUACGAAUAGUUAACACUUAAAUGUGUUAAAUGUAGUUUUAAACGGAGAUUAUUAAAGCCUUGUGUACCGAAUUCAA